AAUGAUCUGGCCCAGUACUCUUCCGCCAACAAACAGCGGCGCGUUGAAGUGAAGUUCUGAGUAGAUGGAGAACUUCAUCCUGUAUGAGGAACUUGGGAAGGGCAGUAGCUCCGUGGUCUAUAAAGGAAGAAGAAAGGGCAAUCUGAACUAUGUAGCCAUCCUCUGCACGGACAAAGCCAAGAGACCGGAGAUCACUAACCAUGUACGUCUCAGUCUUGAUCUGAAACAUCCUAACAUAGUGUCCUUCUAUGAGUGGUAUGAGACAAGUAACCACCUCUGGUUGGUAGUGGAGCUCUGCACAGGUGGUUCCCUGGAGUCAGUCAUAGUUAAAGAUGAAUGUCUUUCAGAAGAUGUGGUGAGGAGGUUUGGAUGGGACUUGGUUCAAGGACUCAAAUACAUCCAUGAGCUAGGAAUCAUUUUCUCUGAUUUGAAUCCUGCCAAGAUCCUAUUGGACGGCAGUGGUAUUCUGAAGUUAGGUAACUUCUGUCUGUCCAAGGGGGAAGGGCAGACACGGGAGGAUUUAUAUGCCAUGCUCUCUACUUUUGAGUGUGAAGAAGAUCAAGAUACCAAAGACAACUUUGACGACAUGCAGAAAAGACUACAAGGUUCUCCAGUUUACAGCCCUCCAGAGGUUUUGCAGGGAUCAGAAACUACUAGGAGCUCUGAUCUGUGGGCUCUGGGUUGCAUACUCUAUUACAUGUACACUGGUAAACCUCCUUUCUAUGCUGAUAGCUACACUGAACUUACCAAGAUGGUUUUACUUCAGGAACCACCACCUCCCAGACCGACAGUGUUUUCAUCCAGUCCUCCAAGUGAAGAUUUCCAGAACCUUCUAAAACGCUUGCUCAACAAAAACCCAGAUAAGAGGAUGGACUGGCCAGAGCUGUUAGAGCAUCCUUUCUGGACAGAAUUACUAAUGGAAGAAGAGCAGUAUGUUGAAGAAGAAGAUGAGGAGGAUGUGGAUGAAGAAGGGGAUCAGGAGGAAAAUAAUGGCUUUGAGGGUGGUGGUUCUGUUAGCUUGAGACAAACAAGGAUCCCUGAACCUAUCUCUCCAGGAGAGGCAGAAAAGCUUCAUAACAGCCGCUGCACCAUUCCCCUGCCAACCCAUAGGGUCACCAAGAAAUUAAUCUUGUCACAGACAACAGCAACAAUGAACGGACCAUCAGACAGAAAGACUGAUCUCCAACACUCUGAAAGACACACAACCUGUGGGACCUCAAGGAACAGCCAGGGCACGGAUGAUGAGGCGGGAAAGGAGACAGAAGGAAGAGGGGAGGUUAAGACAGAAGAUAACCCCAAGCUAUCUGCGGCCCACCUGAUGUGCCACACCCAGAAACCCAAUAAGUCAUUCACACUAGAUAAUGUAUCAGAGCUCAGACCAAAAAGUGGAGUGGAUGAGGACAACACUGAGGCCAUAUUUCUGCUCAGCUCCCGUGCCAACUUGAGUAGAAGCUGCAGUGUCUCAGGCUCUCCGAACUCGACCCCUGCACCUCAGGCCAAUACUGGGACUGACAUCACAUCCCAGGUGAAAGCUCUUCUCCAUACUGACUCUGAUCUCACUGUCACCCCAAUAAUGGACAACCCAAAGAUUCUUAAGAGUCCUCCAGUGCGAUUUGAUCCCAAAACCCUUUGUGUACCGGCACAUUCAGUUGAGAAGCUGCAGUCUCUAAGUGAUGAAGAGUGGACUGUCUUCCUCCUGCAGCUCUGCUCAUCCCUUGAAGACCAGAAUCUUUCUGCUCCUGCCUCCACUCCUCCUCCCCCACCCUCCACAGCCACUCGCUCCAGACUCAACCUGCUGUGCUACCUUUGCUGUGUGGCUGGGCAUAAAGUUGUUGCCAACAGGCUGAUUAACUCAACACUGCUUCCAGUACUGACCCAUCAGUUACGACAAGCUCCAAACUGGGACAUGAAGAGCAAGGUUCUCAGAUUGAUGGGUCUGCUCGCUCUGCAUUGUACCCAACUUGGAGAGGAAAGUCCUGUCUCUGAGGCUGUGUCCACAUUAACAGAGCUUCUGAGAGAGAACCUGAGAAACAGUAAAGUAAAGCAGUUCCUGCUGCCACCACUGGGGGAGUUCCUUUAUCUCAUCACUUCUCAGGAGGAGAAGAGAGGCUCCCCAGAGGGACUAUGGUUCGUUCCCGCUGCCGCCUACACUGGCUUAAUGAGGAGCCUGCGGGAAGGGGAUGACUCCAUAGUUCAUCACAUGGCUGCUAAAGCCAUAGAGAACAUCUCCACCUCCAUCUCUGGCCCCUCCCACCCCUUGGUUACUCCAGAGAUAGGCUCCGCCCUCUGGUACCUGUUUACUCACUCCACUGUGGAGGCUGUCAGAGUCACUGCCAUUUCCUCUCUUUCUAGGCUAACCCGGGUGGUCCCAGCAGUCUUCUUGGCAGUGAUUGACACAUGUGGCCCUGCAGCUAUUUUGGAGGCUGUAGGUGGAGCAGGGGCCAGGGUGCAGCAACAUCUUCUCACUGCUAUGGCUAGUGCCCUCCUAACCUCACGCAUCCACACGCACCGUGUCACACAGAGCAAGGAUCUGUUGUUGAAGGUGCUACGCUGUCUAGAGAGUCCAUCGACAAUAACGAGAGCCAAAACACUCCUCCUGCUACUGCUACUAAUAAAGGACAACACACACACACUGCAGUACUGCUGUCAACACAGACUUGUAAUGUACCUUGAGAGAGACCUACGUAAAGCCACACCCCUCAGAGAGAACCAUGGUCAAUCCGGAUAUCUUUCUCAGUGUCUGGAUUUACUGACUGUAUAUCUGAUAAGCUCUGCAGCACUAAUACUGGAGGAUGUCUUGUGUGCAUUACAAGGUGUGAUUGGGAGGAGACACCCAUCCACAGCUCAGAGUAGACAGCUUAAACACACUCUGCCAACAAUGUCUGUUGUGCUUGAACUUGUUUCAUCACAGGUCUUUAGAGCUCAAAUUAUAUCUGAAGAUUUUCUUGCUAAAACUGGAUCGCUCCUGAAUUACAUCACCUCUAUUGAGUCAAAUGAAACAAAUCUGACCAUUGCUUUAGGUGCAGCAGUAUGUGAGGAGUUGAUCAGGACUUCUCUGUCCAUAGUUGAAGUCCUGAGUCAGCACCAUGCUCUCAUCACUCCACAGCACAAUGUUGUUGUAGAUGCCAUCCUGCCUCCUCUGACGACGCUGGCUUUCAGCAGAAAUGUGGAAUGGUCAGUGUUUGUUUUGAGGGUCCUGUCCGAGCUCAGUCUUGUCCUGCUGGUCCAGGAAAGUGAUGGAGGUGAGGAAGACGAGGGGACGGACAUAAAGAAGGAGGGAGGAGGAGAAAAUGGAAGCUCUCGUAAUCAGAUGUUGACUCUCAUCAAUAAGUCUCUGAUUCAAAGGUAUGAGUCUCUUUUUCGAGCUGCAGAGCCCGUUCCGCUCUACGCACUCAAACUGCUGCUAUCGCUGACUGAACACAGCGGACAGAUGUGCAGGUUGAUCAAACACAGCAGGAUCCUACCAACAGUCCUUCAACUCAUCAUGGCAAACAGCAGUAAUGUUAACAGUGGACUGGUCCAGAAUGCAGUUGCCUUGCUGUGUAAUCUCAGUGGAGUGGAGCCACUAUACCAACAAGGCCUAAUAGAGAUGGUGGUGAGCACCCUUUCGGAAGCAGCUCUAGUCCACCUGGAUGGAGAGGGACAAUCUGGGAGGAAGGUCAGCCAUCUUGUGUUACAAGCCCUGCUGGAACUGCUCCACAACAUCCUAAAACACACUUCUGUUGUUGUCCGCUCUGCACUGCAGAGCCAGAGGCUAUCUUGUCCAGCAGUGGAGAUGGAGGCAGCAGAGAAGCUGCUCCUAGAGAACCGACCCCUGAGCCAACUCAGCACACUCCUCAUCCACAUGCUGUCCACUGAGAACCAGGAGGUGUGGGAUGAGUCUCUUCAGUGUCUGUACCUUCUGAUCCAGCUCUAUGGUGGAGAGGGUCAUGACUGCUUGUCACCGUCCUGUUUGCAGAACUUUUCACUUGAGCUGCGCACACGCAUGCACACAGAGACCCCGAGAAUCCAACGUACAACACUUAGAAUCAUCAAACGACUGGUGCAGACCACUGAGCGAUCUGAUUGGUUUGAAUGUCCAGAAGGGACGGAGCUCAUCAGUCUGCUGAGGGAUAUAACUACAUCCAACAGUUGUCAUGUUGAUGUUGUUCCGCUUGCUGCUGAAAUCCUCCACCUCUGUCCACCUCCAUCCUCUGGAUCCUAAAGCUUCUCAUCUUCAAAUGUUCAAGAAACUGUUUUUU